GUUUGUUGGGGCUUUACAGUGGCCUAAAGCCUUCUCUGCUUGGAAUUGCUGUGACACAGGGUGUCUACUACUAUUUUUACCAGGUUUUCAAGAACAAGGUUGAGGCUAUAGCAGCUACAGAUAAGAAAAGAGGCCAAGGGGACGGUUCUACUGGGAUGUUUUCUUGGCUCGUAUGCAGACUCAUACACAAGCAGAAAGGAGUUAUCCAAUCAUCAAUCAUUGUUUCUAAUCCCUCAAUUCAAUUUAUUAUUAUUGAGAUGUUGUCAAAGCAAUUAAAGACUAAACAUGCUGCAAAGAAGAAAGAUGUGCCAAAUUUAAUUGCUUUGGAAAUUUUUAUUAUCGGAGCCUUUGCUAAACUUGGGCUAACUAUCUGCACAUAUCCAUUGUUCGUUGUGAAGUCAAGGCUUUAA